UUCAAAACAACUUGUUUCGCUUUCCCUAGGCGCUCCAGAAACUGUUUGUUCCACCAAGGAUCAUUUCCAACUGAAAAUUAAGGUUGCUUUCCUACAGAGCCCUGACAUGAGGAGCACAAGGAUCUUUUCCACCCUGGGUAUUCUCUGUGUUGUUUUGUCACUUGAGUGUGACGCUAACAAGACAGAGCUCAUAAUUGGAUCGCUGGAAAUAAGCGAGGAUAAAGAUAAAGGGGUUCAACUUGGAAUCACAACCGCCAUCCAUGUCGCUAAAAACUCUUCGAGCUUGAAAGAUUUCCUCGAAAAGUACGAAAUAAGGAUCAUUUCUUAUUACACCAACGGAAAGGAAGCUUCUAGUAUUAAUUCCGCCACUUAUGCCUUAAGGUACAGGAAGGGCGGAUUCCCUUUGCUUCUGCUCGGACCUCAAACCUCUUCUGAGGCCUCCACGGUUCUUAUGAUCGUAAGAUUUUACCGAAAGUUAAUGGUUACGUAUCUAACGACAACUAGCGAUGACAGCGAGGGAAGGAAUCCAUACGGAUUCACAUUCGCUCCCACACAACUUACCUACAUCAAAGCUAUUUUAAAGAUAAUGAAUCACUUUAAAUGGAAAAGAUUCGCGAUUGUUUAUGAUUUCCUGGAGACGCAAGGUCUUUAUGUUAAGAAUGUUGAAAGCCUUAUGAUGAACACUGACUCUGAGAUAAUUGGCCAUGAAGCGAUAAAUACUGGUGAAGUUAAUUUUAGAAGCAGAAACCAGGAUAUCCAAGACAAGCUUAGAAAACUAAAGGAUUUAGAUUCCAAAAUAUUCUAUGGGGCAUUCACUGGCAGAGGAGCGUCGCUGAUAUUUUGCGAGGUAUUCAAAAUGGGUUUGUUUGGACCAGACUUUGUUUGGAUCUUGCAUCCGAAUGCUGGAAACGUCGAUCAAUGGGCUCUGUACGCCGAUGUUGAAAGAUUAAAGAACCGGUCUGGCCUUUGUAUUAAAGAACAAUACCAACGAGUGGCAGAGAGAAUUUUCAUACUCGACGAAAACAUCAUCUAUCGCAGUGAUGAGAAUACAACUACUGCCUCAGGUUUGACUUUAAGACAAAUAUUCAAUACUCCAGAUGUGGGAGCCUUAAGCAAAUCACAGAAAAUCAGAAUGACCAUUGCGUUUGAUACAAUGUGGGGCGUUAUGCUGGCUUUGAAAGAAAGCAGCAAGGAACUGCCUCUGAAACAGAAUGUGGACAAUUUCUUGGGAAAUCGAACAAUAACGAAAACCAUAAAACUCAAAUUACGUAAUGUCAGCUUUGAAGGACUCACGGGAGCUGUUUCAUUUACUAAGAAUGGGGAAACAAGUGGAAUCUUAAUUAUAAGGCAAUAUCAAGCCGAUAGAAGGGCGCUGGUUCCCAUUGGUGAGUACCACAUAAUACAAGAUAAAUUCGUGGUAUAUGAUGAAGUCAAAGACUCUUUGUGGAAAGAUAAUCAUCAACCUAUGGAUCACUCACAGAGGGAACUAGAGUUCAUGAAGAUUCAAGUGCCAUUGAUAGCAGCUAUGUGGGGGUUUGCAGCUAUUGGAAUAGCCUGUUCAUCAGGUUUUUUGUGUUUCAACAUAAGAAACCGUAAAAAGAGUGUUAUCAAGAUAUCCUCACCAAACCUCAACAGCAUCAUCGUUAUGGGUUGCAUGUUGUGUUACGCCGCAGUGAUUUUGAUUGGACUCGAUGCGAGGUUCCUGUACUUGGAGGAAUACACCUUCGUUUGUAAUGCCCGAAGUGCAGUGUUGUGCAUUGGAUACUCUCUCUCAUUUGGCGCAAUGUUCAGCAAAACCUGGAGAGUUCACAAAAUAUUCACGGCAGGGUUAAGUCGUGACAAAAUGGCAAUCAAGGAUAGCCAUCUGCUAGUUACUAUAGCAGCAUUGCUGAUGAUCGAUGUGGUGUUUUUGUCCUCCUGGAUUUUAACUGAUCCGCUCCAAGCUAAAAUACUAGCGUUUGAAGAAAGGGUGAGAGAUCUCAUUUUUAAAACCCAGGAAAACCACGUUGUUACUAUCCCAGCGUUGUAUCAAUGUACUUGCAGAUACAAGACGUAUUUCCUUGCGGUCGUGUUUAUCUACAAAGGCUUGUUAUUGUUCUUCGGUAUUUUCCUUGCCUGGGAGACACGCAAUGUUUCUAUUCCUGCUCUGAACGACUCCAAGUACAUCGGGAUGUCAGUUUAUAACGUGUUCGUUUUGUCCAUUAUUGGUGCGUCUGUGUCUCUGUUUUUUGAAGGAUCUGUGCACCACGAGGCUCCAUAUGCCAUUUUAUCAAUGUGCCUUAUCGUGAGUACAUCUGUCACUUUGCUUCUGGUGUUUGUGCCCAAGAUUUACCAGUUCCAUGCCAAGGUAAAGGGAGCGACCCAAAACAUCCGUGUCAGUGAAUUGAUGGAGGGGCAGAUUUUGCAGUCUAUUUGUAGAGCAACACAAACAGACCUCGGCGUAUCAGAACUUAAAGCUGAAGCAGAUGAAGCCUUUUCCUCGUCAGACGAAAGACCUCAAGAAGCGUCGGACGAAAAAAUGGCUGUAGCAUUCAACCUGUAAAGUUGAUAUCAGAAAGGUCAACGGGCCAAAAGGAUAAGGCUGCAAAGACUCCUGGGCCAGUCACAAGUUAGCUCUGAAUUUAAAAGGGCAAAAACUUUCAUUCCACGUGGAAGCCUUUCCUCUUUUUUCCCAUAAUUUCGACUAUAAACCCUUCUUAGUUUAUAAUUAUGACUUAUUGUAACCUAAGGCUAAACUUUCGGAUUUCAAAGACCGCGUUAUUGAUAUCCUUUAUUCUCUCUCUGAUUUUCAUUAGGUUUUGUAAAUUUAGGAUAGUUGACUGCAUAGUAAAGUUAUCGCUAAGUUUAUUGUCCUGAAAUUUGUCGAGACACCAGUAGAAAGGGGACAAAGUAAAACCUGAUGCCAAGCUUACAGCUAUGUAUUGUAGAGUGAAUCUGACUAUUGGGAGCAAAUCGUAAAGCGGGGUAUAGUUUAUUUAUUUCUACCACCUCAACUGUAAUAGAAUUCUGAGAUUGCUUUCGA